GAGCGGGGGAGACGUGCAAGCCGCCUCCCUGGGCGAUAGGCUCUUCGCCUGGGCUAUGGAUAGUCUCGGGCCCAAGGCGGAGUGGCGGUUCCGAGAGCGCAAGCUGGGCCUCUUCUCCUGCCUACGGCGGGAGCAGGGUGUCUCCACCGUGGUGGAAGUGGGCAUGGGAACAGCCCCCAACCUGAAACAUUAUGCCAAGGACGUGGAUAGAAUCAUCGGAGUGGAUCCCAAUAUGGCCAUGCACCAGUACGCACGCAAGGCGGCCGAGGCGGCGGGGGCAGCCGCCAAGCUGCAGCUGGUGACGGGCACCGCUGAGGCGCUGCCCCUGGAGGAUGCCAGCGCCGAUGCGGUGGUCAUGACGCACGUGCUGUGCAGCGUGCGCGACCAGCAGCAGGCGCUAGCGGAGGUGCGGCGGGUUCUCAGGCCUGGCGGCAAGCUGCUGUUUCUGGAGCACGUGGCGGCGCCAGAGGGCGAGGUGCUGCACGCCGUGCAGCGUGCGCUCAACCCGGUGGUGGGGUUUGUGGGCCACGGGUGCAGCGCCACCCGCUGCACGCUGGCGGCGAUAGAGCGGGCCGGGUUCGCCUCGCUGGAUGCCGACAGCUUCAAAGUCAGCUUCUGGGGCCCGGCGGCCGUGAUUGCGCCGCACAUUGUGGGGUGCGCUGUGAAGUGAUGCCGUCCACGUACUGAACAUACUGAACACACCCCACAGUCC